AUGGUGGAGAUGAAGAGUUUCAAGACAAUUGGGGUCGUGGGUAGCGGCCAAAUGGGCUCUGGAAUAGCCCAACUCGCCGCAACGCAUGGCUUUGACGUUUGGGUCCUAGACACCGACCAAGACGCUCUCUCCAGAGCCACCAAGUCCAUCUCUAGCUCCAUCCAGCGUCUGGUUUCCAAAGGACAACUCAGUCAGGCUGUAGGUAAAGAUGCUUUGGAACGUCUAUGGUUUACCUCAAACUUGGAAAAGCUUUCUUCGGCAGAUAUAAUUAUCGAAGCUAUUGUGGAAUCUGAAGAUGUGAAGAAAAAGUUAUUUCUUGAGCUAGAUAAGAUCACAAAAAGUUCGGCCAUACUGGCAUCUAAUACAAGUUCCAUCUCCAUUACUCGCCUUGCGUCAGCAACUAGCAGACCACACCAGGUGAUCGGCAUGCAUUUUAUGAAUCCUCCUCCUAUAAUGAAACUUGUUGAGAUUGUGCGAGGAGCAGACACAUCAGAUGAGACAUUUGAUGCUACAAAAGCCUUGGCAGAAAGGUUUGGCAAGACAGUAAUAUGCUCGAGGGAUUAUGCGGGCUUUGUUGUAAACAGGAUCUUAAUGCCGAUGAUUAAUGAGGCAUUUUUUGCACUUUACACAGGUGUGGCAACAAAGGAAGACAUUGAUGCAGGAAUGAAACUGGGAACAAAUCAUCCAAUGGGUCCUCUAGAACUUGCAGAUUUUAUUGGAUUGGAUGUCUGUGUGUCCAUUCUGAAAGUUCUUCACGCUGGCCUUGGGGACAAUAAAUAUGCUCCCUGCCCCAUCCUUGUACAGUAUGUUGAUGCAGGUCGUCUUGGAAGAAAACGAGGUAUUGGGGUAUACGACUACCGUCAAAUGCUUGGAUCAGUUAAUCCCUCAUCCAAACUUUGA